AUGAAUACUACAUGGACCGUUCUCUUCGUUGUCUUUGGUGUGCUCGUUGCCAUUGCGGCGCAUAGCCUUGUCUCCUUGACUUUGGCGAGCCGUCGACCAAAAAGCUUCCCACCUGGCCCACCGACAGUACCGAUACUGGGCAAUCUCCCUCAGCUUCCUACGACGAAGAGCUUUGUGAAAUUCCGUGAGCUUGGGCGUCAGUAUGGACCGCUCGUAGGCCUGAAAUUAGGGCCUCAGAAUAUGGUCAUCUUGAACGACUACAAGGCGGUUCUUGAUCUCUUCGACCGGAGAGGCAAUAUCUACUCAAGUCGGCCUGACAAUCACAUCGCAAACGACAUCCUCUUUCAGAACCAAGUGCACGCCUUGUUCACCCCAUACGGCGACAAAUGGCGCCAACUUCGAAGAAUCAUACAAGAGCUUCUUCGUACCAGCGCCGUCGAUAAACUGGUACCUCUCCAAACCGCCGAAUCGACGCAGACAUUGUACCAUCUGCUACACGAUCCCAAUCGAUGGUAUGAUCACAUCCGACGUUACUCCAUGGCCGUUAUGCUGGCAUCCAUAUUCGGGCUGCGAGGAGCAAGCUUCGAUUCGCCGAGAGUCAAAACGCUUUGGGACAUCACAGAGCAGAACACGGCCAUCAAUGAGCUGGGUGCGACGCCGCCGGUAGAUAUUUUCCCCUUCCUGAAGCUUCUGCCCGAUUUCUUGUCUCCGUGGCGGAUAUGGGCUCGUAAUAUCCGAAAAGACUAUCGUAAAUGGUUGUUCGGUCUGGUCCGUGAGAGUAGAGAACAUAGCGCUCGCCCCGACGCUCCGGAUUGUUUCUUGGGUCAGAUGUUUCGGGGACAAGAGAAGAAUGGGCUUGAUGACGAGGGUAUUGCAUACGUCGGGAGUUCGUUGCUGGAGGCCGGCACCGACACGACCGCAUCCACCAUCCUAUCGUUCCUACUAGCAAUGGUCACUUACCCAUCAUGUCUAAGAAAGUGCCAGGACGAGGUAGAUGCGAGAUGUGGUACUCUACGCUCGCCUUCCAUCGAUGACCUCGAUCAUUUCCCGUACAUUCGUGCUUGUAUGGAUGAGACACUUCGUUGGCGUCCAGUAGCCGCAGGAGGUAUUCCGCACACCCUCACCCAAGACGACCAUUACGAAGGCUACUUCUUCCCCAAAGGCACAAUGUUCUUCGCGAAUACAUGGUCAAUCCAUCGGAGCCAGGAAUUUGCUCGUCCGGAUGACUUCAUUCCGGAGCGGUUCCUGAAGAACAAAUUCGGCAUUGAUCAGAAAGCAUCUGGAGACGCAGAUAUUCAUCCAACUCAAGAUGGCGGUGAUGGACGUCGUAUACACUAUGUCUUUGGGGCAGGGAGGAGGAUAUGCUCUGGACAAAGAAUGGCGGAGCACUCUCUGAUGAUCAACCUGGCAAAACUGGUCUGGGCUUUCAACUUCACUGCUCCGCCUAACACAACAAUCGAUACUAGUAUCGAGACGGGAUAUGAAGGCGGAUUCCUUGUUAAUCCGAAAAAGUUUCCAGUGGACAUCACGCCGAGGUCAUCGGCACAUGCUGAGGUCAUUGAGCGGGAGAUGAAAGACUUUACGCCUUUUCUUGACACAUUUGGUAAAUAG